AUGGGGCUGCCGCUAGCCCGCCUGGUGGCUGUGUGUCUGGCCCUGUCCGUGGCCAGGGGCUCAGAGCCCCAGCGAGAGGGCAGAGCCCGCAGCCACAGCCACAACGUCUGCAGCACCUGGGGCGACUUCCACUACAAGACCUUCGAUGGCGACAUCUUCCGAUUCCCUGGCCUCUGUGACUACAACUUCGCCUCUGACUGUAGGGAUUCCUACAAGGAGUUCUCUGUGCACCUGAAGCGGGGCCUGGGACAGGGUGGGGGCCACCCCCAGAUCGAGUCUGUCCUGCUGACCAUCAAGGAUGAUAUCAUCUACCUCACCCGCCAGUUGGCCGUGGUGAAUGGGGCCAUGGUCAGUACUCCUCACUACAGCCCCGGGCUGCUCAUCGAGAAGAGUGAUGCCUACACCAAGGUCUACUCCCGUACUGGUGUUACUCUCAUGUGGAACCGAGAGGACUCGCUCAUGCUGGAGCUGGACAGUAAAUUCCAGAACCAUACCUGUGGCCUGUGUGGGGACUACAAUGGCCUGCAGACCUAUUCUGAAUUCCUCUCAGAUGGUGUGCACUUCAGUGCCCUAGAAUUUGGGAACAUGCAGAAGAUUGACAAGCCCGGGGAGUCAUGUGAGGACCCCAUAGAGACGCCGGCCCCCACGUCCUGCGCUGAGCAUCGUGCUGAGUGUGAGAGGCUGCUGACCACUGAGGCUUUUGAGGCCUGCCAGGACCUGGUGCCACUGGAGCUGUAUGUGCGUGCCUGCAUGCAGGACCGCUGCCAGUGCCCCGCUGGCAACACCUGCGUCUGCAGCACCAUUGCUGAGUUCUCGCGCCAGUGCUCACACGCUGGAGGCCGGCCUGGGAACUGGAGGACCCCCACACUGUGCUCCAAGAGCUGCCCUGGGAACAUGGUCUACCUGGAGAGUGGCUCGCCCUGCAUGGACACCUGCUCACACCUUCAGGGAAGCAGCCUGUGUGAGGAGCACCGUAUGGACGGUUGUUUCUGCCCAGAAGGCACUGUGUAUGACGACAUCGCUGGCAGCGGCUGUAUUCCCGUGAGCCGGUGUCACUGCAAGCUGCACGGGCACUUGUAUGCACCGGGCCAGGAGAUCACCGACAACUGCGAGCAAUGUGUCUGUAACGCUGGCCGCUGGGUGUGCCAAGACCUGCCGUGCCCUGGGACCUGUGCCCUGGAAGGCGGUGCCCACAUCACCACCUUCGAUGGAAAGAAGUACACCUUCCACGGGGACUGCUACUACAUCCUGACAAAGGGUGGCCACAACGAUUCCUUCGCCCUUCUGGGGGAGCUGGCACCCUGCGGCUCCACAGACAAGCAAACCUGCCUGAAGACGGUGGUGCUGCUGGCUGACAGCAAGAAGAACGUGGUGGCCUUUGGGUCUGAUGGUAGUGUGCUGCUUAAUGAGCUGCGGGCAAGCCUGCCCCACGUGACUGCGAGCUUCUCCAUCUUCCAACCGUCCUCCUACCACAUCGUUGUGGACACGGCCUUCGGCCUCCGGCUGCAGGUUCAGUUAGCCCCAGUCAUGCAGCUCUUUGUGACACUGGACCAGGCUGCCCAGGGGCAGGUGCAGGGCCUCUGUGGAAACUUCAAUGGUCUGGAAAGUGAUGACUUCAAGACAGCCAGUGGACUCGUGGAGGCCACGGGGGCCGGCUUCGCCAAUACCUGGAAGGCCCAGUCGAACUGCCAGGACAAGAUGGACUGGCUGGACGAUCCCUGUUCUCUCAGCGUGGAGAGUGCCAACUAUGCCGAGCACUGGUGCUCCCUCCUGAAGAAGACAGAGACGCCCUUCGGCAGGUGCCACUCGGCCGUGGACCCCACAGAGUAUUACAAGAGGUGCAAAUAUGACACAUGCAACUGUCAGAACAAUGAAGACUGCCUGUGCGCGGCCCUGUCCUCCUAUGCACACGCCUGUGCCUCCAAGGGUGUCAUGCUGUGGGGCUGGAGGGAGCGCGUCUGCAACAAGGAUGUGGGCUCCUGCCCCAGCUCACAGGUCUUCCUGUACAACCUGACUGCUUGCCAGCGGACCUGUCGCGCCCUCUCUGAGGCUGACACCCACUGCCUCCAGGGUUUUGCACCCGUGGAUGGCUGUGGCUGCCCUGACCAUACCUUCAUGGAUGAGAAGGGCCGCUGUGUGCCCUUGGCCAAGUGCUCUUGCUACCACCGCGGUCUUUACCUGGAGGCAGGGGACGUGGUCCUGAGGCAGGAUGAGCGAUGCGUUUGCCAGAAUGGGAGGCUGCAUUGCGUGCAGGUCAAGUUGAUUGGCCAGAGCUGCACAGCCCCAAAGAUCCACAUUGACUGCAACAACCUGACUGCACUGGCCAUCGUGAAACCCCGCCCUGUCAGCUGCCAGACUCUGGCCACUGGCUAUCACCGCACUGAGUGUGUGAGCGGCUGCAUGUGUCCCGACGGGCUGCUGGAUGAUGGCCGAGGUGGCUGCGUGGUGGAGGAGGAGUGCCCCUGCGUCCACAACAGAGACCUGUACUCCCCAGGGGACAAGGUGCAGGUGGAUUGUAACAACUGCACCUGCCAGAAAGGACGCUGGGUGUGCACCCAGUCCCCGUGCCAUGGCACCUGCUCCAUCUAUGGAAACGGCCACUACAUCACCUUUGAUGGGAAACACUAUGACUUCGAUGGACAUUGCUCCUAUGUGGCUGUUCAGGACUACUGCGGUCAGAACUCCUCCAUGGGCUCAUUCAGCAUCAUCACUGAGAACGUCCCCUGUGGCACCACAGGUGUCACCUGCUCUAAGGCCAUCAAGAUCUUCAUGGGGAGGACAGAGCUGAAGUUGGAGGACAGACACCGUGUGGUGAUCCAGCGUGAUGAGGGCCACCACGUGGCCUACACCACGCGAGAGGUGGGCCAGUACCUGGUGGUCGAGGCCAGCAUUGGCGUCAUCAUCAUCUGGGACAAGAGGACCACUGUCUUUGUUAAGCUGGCUCCAUCCUACAAGGGCAAAGUGUGUGGCCUGUGCGGGAACUUCGACCACCGCUCCAGCAACGACUUCACCACGCGGGACCACAUGGUGGUGAGCAGUGAGCUGGACUUCGGCAACAGCUGGAAAGAGGCCUCCACCUGCCCAGACGUGAGCGCCAACCCCGAGCCCUGCAGUCUGAACCCGCACCGCCGCGCCUGGGCAGAGAAGCAGUGCAGCAUCCUCAAGAGCAGCGUGUUCCAGGCCUGCCACGGCAAGGUGGACCCCACGCCCUUCUAUGAGGCCUGUGUACAUGAUUCGUGUUCCUGCGACACUGGCGGGGACUGUGAGUGCUUCUGCUCCGCCGUGGCCUCCUAUGCACAGGAGUGUACCAAGGAGGAGGCCUGUGUAUUCUGGAGGACCCCGGACUUGUGCCCCAUAUUCUGUGACUACUACAACCCUCCGAAUGAGUGUGAGUGGCACUAUGAACCCUGUGGGAAUCGCAGCUUUGAGACCUGCAGGACAGUCAAUGGCAUCCACUCCAACAUCUCCGUGUCCUACCUGGAGGGCUGCUACCCCCACUGCCCUGAGGACAGGCCCAUCUAUGAUGAGGACCUGAAGAAGUGUGUCUCUGAGGACAAGUGUGGCUGCUACUUCGAGGACAUUCGCUACCCACCCGGAGCACAAGUUCCCACUGAGGACCUCUGCUCAUCCUGUGUGUGCAACAGUUCUUCCCAAGUCGUCUGCCAGCCUGAGGAAGGAAAGCUUCUCAACCUGACCCAGGAUGGUGUCUUCUGCUACUGGGAGACCUGCGGCCCUAAUGGGACAGUGGAGAAGCACUUCAACAUUUGUACCACCACCACGCCACACCCAUCCACCCCGACAAUCUCCACCACGAUCACCCCCAGCAGCACCACAUUCACUACCACCACCAUCACCACGACCCCCAGCACAGUUGUAUCAACAACUCAGAAGCUCUGCUGCCUUUGGUCUGACUGGAUCAAUGAGGACCACCCGGACAGUAGUAGUGAUGGUGGUGACCGGGAGACGUUUGAGGGCGUCUGCAGGGCUCCUGACAACAUUGAGUGCAGGUCUGCCACGGAACCACAUCUCAGCUGGGAGGAGCUGGGGCAGAAGGUCCAGUGCAACGUCUCACUUGGCUUUGUUUGCAAUAAUGAAGACCAGUUUGGCAAUGGACCAUUUGGACUCUGUUAUGACUAUGAGAUACGUGUUAGCUGCUGUGAGCCAAUGGAUGAAUGUCCAACGUCCACCCCCAUCCCUCCAACAACAACCCCCAUCCCUCCAUCAACCACCACCCCCAUCUCUCCAAAAACCACCACCCCCAUCCCUCCAACAACCACCACCCCCAUCCCUCCAACAACAACCACCCCCAUCCCUCCAACAACCACCACCACUACUGAGACACCAACCACAACACCAGGCACCACCACCACAGGGACCCCAACCACAACACCUGGCACCACCACUACUGGGAUCCCAACCACAACACCUGGCACCACCACCACAGAGAUCCCAACAACGACACCAGGCACCACCACCACUGGGACCCCAACAACGACACCUGGCACCACCACCACAGGGACUCCAACAACAUCUAGCAGUGCCACCACUACUGGGAUCCCAACUACAACACCUGGCACCACCACUAGUGAGACACCAACCACAACACCAGGCACCACCACCACUGAGACCCCAACCACAACACCCGGCACCACCACCACAGGGACCCCAACCACGACACCUGGCACCACCACUACUGGAACCCCAACAACGACACCAGGCACCACCACCACUGGGACCCCAACAACGACACCAGGCACCACCACCACAGGGACUCCAACAACAUCUGGCAGUGCCACCACUACUGGGACCCCAACCACAACACCUGGCACCACCACUACUGAGACACUAACCACGACACCAGGCACCACCACCACUGGGACCCCAACUCCAACACCUACCACCACCACAACAGAGAUCCCAACCACAACACCAGGCACCACCACAGAGACCCCAACCACAACUCCUGGCACCACCACCACCACAGGAACCCCAACAACAACACCUGGCACCACCACCACAGAGAUUCCAACCACGACAUCUGGCACCACCACUACUAGGACCCCAACCACGACACCUGGGACCACAACCCCAAGGAUCCCAACCACGACACCUGGCACUACCACCACAGGGACCCCAACUACAACACCUGGCACCACUACCACAGGGACCCCAACCACAACACCUGGCACCACCACCAUAGGGACCCCAACCACAACACCUGGCACCACCACUACUGGGACCCCAACCACAACACCUGGCACCACCACCACAGAGAUCCCAACCACGACACCUGGCACCACCACCAUAGGGACCUCAACCAUGACUCCUGGCAGCACCCCCACAGGGACCCCGACAACGACACCAGGCACUACCACAGUACCCCCAGGUACCCCCACCCAUGGAACUACAACUGGGUCACCUCCACCUGCCUCUGGGUCGACAACCCCUGUGGAGACUCCCACCCGGACAGUCCGCCCAUCAACCACGACUUCUAGCACCUCAGCCUCCACAGUGCCAACUCCCACGCAGACGCCAAUCCCCUCCCCCAGCAUCACUAAAAUCACUGGCCCUUCGGUCAGCUCCUCCACCAUGGUCAUCUGCUGUGUCCUGAAUGACACCUUCUAUGGGCCAGGCGAUCUGGUAUACAAUGGCACACAUGGAGACACCUGCUACUAUGUGAACUGCUCACUCCAGUGUACCCUUGAGUUCUACAACUGGUCAUGCCCAUCCACGCCCUCCCCAACACCUACACCCUCGAAGCCAACGCCCAUAGCCACGCCCUCCAAGCCAACACCCUCUCUGAUGCCCAGCACUCUGUCCACCCCCAAGCCUCCUGGGUGCCCUGACUUUGAUCCUCCCAGACAGGAGAAUGAGACGUGGUGGCUGUGCGAGUGCUUCAUGGCCACCUGCAUUCAAGACAACUUGGUGGAGGUGGUGAAGGUGGAGUGCAAGCCCCCACCCAUGCCCACAUGCUCCAAUGGCCUCCAGCCUGUGCGUGUCAUGGACCCUGAUGGCUGUUGCUGGCACUGGGAGUGUGACUGCUACUGCACGGGCUGGGGGGACCCACACUAUGUCACCUUCGAUGGACUCUACUACAGCUACCAGGGCAACUGCUCCUAUGUGCUGGUAGAAGAGAUCACGUCCACUGUGGACAACUUUGGGGUCUACAUUGACAACUACCACUGUGAUGCCAACGACAAGGUGUCCUGCCCCCGCACCCUUAUUGUGCGCCAUGAGACCCAGGAGGUGCAGAUCAAGACCACGCGCCUGGCGCCCCCGCAGGUGCAGGUGCAGGUCAACAGGCAGGUGGUGGCGCUGCCCUAUAAGAAGUAUGGGCUGCAGGUGUACGCAUCGGGCAUCAGCUAUGUGGUGGACAUCCCCGAGCUGGGCGUCCUGGUCUCCUAUGAUGGCCUGGCCUUCUCUAUUAGGCUGCCCUUCCAGCGGUUUGGCAAUAACACCAAGGGCCAGUGUGGUACCUGCACCAACAAUACCUCGGACGACUGCACUCUUCCCAGCGGGGAGGUUGUCUCGAGCUGCGAGGUCGCAGCUGACUAUUGGGUGGUGAACGAUCCCUCCAAGCCGCACUGUCCCCACAGCAGCUCCACAACCAAGCGCCCUGCUGUCACGGUCCCAGGGGGCAGCAAACCGACCCUACCAGAGCAUUGCACUGUGUCUCCUCUCUGCCAGCUCAUCAAAGACAGUGUGUUCGCCCCCUGCCACGACCUCGUGCCUCCCCAGCACUACUACGAUGCCUGCAUGUUCGACAGCUGCUUUGUGCCUGGUGUGGGCAUGGAGUGUGCCAGUCUGCAGAGCUAUGCGGCUCUCUGUGCCCGGCAGGGCAUCUGCAUUGACUGGCGGAACCACACCCAUGGGGCCUGCACAAUGGAGUGCCCGUCCCACAGGGAGUACCAGGCCUGCGGCCCUGCAGAAGAGCCCACAUGCAAGUCCAGCUCCUCCCAGCAGAAUAGCACCAGCCUGGUGGAAGGCUGCUUCUGCCCCAAGGGUACCACAAGCUACGCCCCAGGCUUUGAUGUCUGUGUGGAGAUUUGCGGUUGUGUGGGACCUGACAACAUACCCCGAGAGUUUGGGGAGCGCUUUGAGUUCGACUGCAAGGACUGCGUCUGCCUGGAGGGAGGUAGUGGCAUCCUCUGCCAGCCCCGGCGGUGCAGUGAGCCGGGCCCCACCCACUGCAUGGAAGACGGCACCUUCCUGGUCACUGAGGUCAACCCCGCUGACACCUGCUGCAACAUCACCACCUGCAAGUGCAACACCAGCCUGUGCCAGGAGGCGCCGCCCUCGUGCCCACUGGGAUUUGAAGUGCGGAGCAAGACGGUGCCUGGGAGAUGCUGCCCUGUGUACUCCUGCGAGCCCAAGGGUGUGUGUGUUCACAAGAACGCUGAGUACCAGCCCGGUUCUCCAGUUUAUUCUUCCAAGUGCGAGGACUGCAUGUGCACCAGGCACGUGGACAACAGCACCCGCCUCAACAUCAUUGCCUGUAUCCAUGUGCCCUGCAACACCACCUGCGACCUUGGCUUUGAGCUUGUGGAGGCCCCCGGGGAGUGCUGCCAGAAGUGUGAGCAGACGCACUGCAUCAUCCGCCCACCCCGUGGCGAGCACAUCAUCCUCAAGCCUGGGGACAUAAAGAGCGACCCCAAGAACAACUGCACGUUCUUCAGCUGUGUGAAGAUCCACAACCAGCUCAUCUCAUCCGUCUCCAACAUCACCUGCCCUGACUUCGACCCCAGCACUUGCCUCCCGGGCUCCAUCACAUUCAUGCCCAAUGGCUGCUGCAGGACCUGUAUCCCUCGCAAUGAGACCAAGGUCCCCUGCUCCACCGUCCCUGUCACCAGGGAAAUCUCACACGCCGGCUGCACCCAGAGAGUCACCAUGAACGAUUGCUCUGGAUCAUGUGGAACGUCUGUCAUGUACUCUGCCGAGGCCCAGUCCCUGGACCACAGGUGCUCCUGCUGUAAGGAGGAGAAGACAAGCCAGCGUGAGGUGGCCCUGCGCUGUCCCGACGGCAGCUUUCUGAGCCACACCUACACCCACAUCGACAGUUGCCUAUGCCAGGACACUGUCUGUGGGCUCCCGCGGGCCCAGCCAGGCGCCCACAGCCGUGCCCGACGCUCCCCGCGGCAUGUGGGGCAGAAGUAG